AUUGAACGCUUCCAGCGAACCAAGUGUCAUUAUGAAAGUCCUGGCUCUGAUUGUGUCCUGCCUACUGAUCCUUAAUCUGGGCUCCCAGCUGGAGGCCAGACUGCUCCUGACCAACGGCAAUGGCUUCUAUUGUCUCUGGACCACAAAAAGGACAUGCUCCAAAACCACUCCGGCUUGCGUUCGAAUCGCAACGGACGCAGCUGCCACAACAUUCUCGUGUAAAUAUUACAAGAGUCAGUGUCAGUUUCUGCUGGACACUUGCAAAGGCACCUCAAUUUAUGGCUUUGGCGACUCAGUUGAUGCUCAAACGUAUUGUACAGGAAAAAGUAUAACUAUUGGAAGCACUGGAGUCUGCACCUAA